GGGGCCAGCGCCGAGUGCGACGAGUCGUGAGUGACGGUGGGGGAAGGGGGUGUGAGUGAGAGGGGGGAGGGAAGCAAGAGGAAGACAAAACAUUUUGAAAACAUCGAGCUCUCUGGCGAGAAGACUACCACCUCGCUCUCUCCCCCACACUUGGCGCCCAAAGGGUUUCUGCUGUUGUCCAUGUAGGUCUACGUGUCACCCCCCGGCCCUGUCCCUCAAGUUUUCCUCCCUUGUAAUCCCAAAGGACAAACAAGUCUUUGACACCGCAUCUUCGGAGAACCGUUACAACCAGAGGUCAGCGUAGACAUCCUGUUAUGUGAACCCGCUUCAUUUAACUAGGAUUGUGACCUGUGAUGAAUCAUUGUGCCGACCACAACAGACUCUCGGUAGUUAGGGAAGGAGCAGUGCCCCUUACUUAUAAUCGUGUGCUUACCUGACAAUUACACGCUUGGCUAACUACUUCUCCCCUCGACUGUCCCUUUGUUGAAUAGUCUCUAAAGUAGACAAAGAUGGAGUCCUAGCCUCUUUCCUGCUUCUGUCCUUCGUGCCACGUGAGCGAGUGACAACAUUCUGCUGUCGGACGCCUGUGAGUUCGGACAUUCGUCACUUCUCGUGUGUGAGGUGUGUGUUCGUGUCUGACACUGUGUCAUCCCCAAGCUUGGAGCUGUUCUGGCAACCGAGUGUGUGACAAACAGUUUGAACACUUGCUGGAUGUACAGACCAUUUCGUACCUAUUGCAGGUGUCAACAACAACAACAACAACAACCAUCCUGCAAACACCGUGUACACAAACAACAUACUCUUGUUCUACGCUGAGUUGAUCUCGGGUGUGCGUUGCUAGAGACACCCGGCAGCUCCUGCCUGUUAGCUUUUGACAAGCACUUGGUAACUGAGGAUCCGCUGGGUGUGAGAGAAAAGGCAAGUCACUUAGGAGCUGGAGGCGUCGCGGGGGGCGGAGACUGCGUGUGCACGAGAAGUAACGAGGGAAGUGUGGGUGGGAGGUGGAACUGCUGAUGUAACAGCAAAUUUGUGAGGGGGAAGCGCGUGAACCCCCCUCCUGCAGUCAGCCGCUGGUUAUUGCAAUCGUUUGGGUGGAAGUACCUGAAGAUGACGCCAGGUGCGUCAAUGUUUGAUGACGUUGGUUAGCAGACGACCAGGUGGGCUCGAGCUUGAAUGAAGUCGGGCUCUCGUCGGGAGCAUUGCGCCACUCGCUUGCUCUCUCGCGUCUCUCCAGGCCUAUCGAACCACUGAGCCACCGUGAAGUCUCCCGCCAGGCGCCCACCCCACCCCACCACCACCACCACCACCCCGCUCUGUGAACAGCCGCCGGUGGCCUCUUGCGGAACGGUGUUCAGAGCCAAAGCUGUUCCUCCAACGGCAUCGAGUCCCACAUCUUGUUUGAUACGGUUAUGGUGGUUGUGAUUGAUGCCUGACUACAGUGUGGUGUGCUCAGCCUAGGAGUUACUGUGAUUGUACCCGGAGUACUUGUAUCUGAGGAUUUUACCCGAGCCUUCUAGAGACGGGCGGGCCAUGGGUGUGGUGAGACAGGUGUCAGCGGGACUGCUGCUGCAUCUGCUGUACCUGGUCAGCAUCACCUGGGGCAGUGGUCCCCCAAAGGUGGAUGGGCAGCCACAGCAGCGGCACGUGGCCAAACUGGGCAAGAACACCCGUCUGGUGUGCCCAGUGCAUGCAGACCCCCCACCACUCACUCAGUGGAAGAAAGAUGGACAGACAAUCAACAUGGGCUGGCCACGUUUCAAGGUGACACAAGAUGGCCAGCUAAGGAUCCGUGAGGUUCAAAUGACAGACGCAGGAAUGUACGUUUGCCGUGCUACAAAUGGUUUUGGUAGCAUCAGUGUCAACUACUCAGUUGUUGUUCUUGACGAGGAAAAAAAGAUAGUGCAACAUCAGGACCAGAAGUUCCCACAGUCACCUGACGAAGACUUGACUAGAGAAGGAAUGGCACCAGUGUUCAGCAAGCGGGAAAUGCGAACGCACAUUAUGCGUCCAGUGGGCAGCACCGUACGCCUCAGUUGCCGUGCAGAGGGCAAUCCGGAGCCCCGGGUCACGUGGUACAAGGAAGGUCGGCUGCUAGAAGAGACAGAGGCACGACGGCGGCGACCUCACUGGAUCCUGAAACUGACAAAAGUGCAGGAUGUGGAUGCAGGAGAAUAUUUGUGCAUGGUCAGCAAUCGGCUGGGUCAGCUGAACCACACCUACACUGUGGAGGUUAUAGACUAUUUGCAGAGCAAGCCCAAGCUGGUUUCACCUCACCCACAAAACACAACAGUGGAGCACGGAGCCACGGCCUCAUUUCAGUGUCGUGUGAAGUCUGUCAUGCAACCUAAAGUGAAGUGGUUAAAACGUGUUGAGGACUCAGAGGCAGCUGAGAGCAUGAACACAACCAUUGAGGUCAAGGGACAAAACUUUGUGGUAUUACGCACAGCAGGCGAGGUGUGGAGUGGGCCAGAUGGUUCCUACCUCAACAAGCUUGUCAUCCAUCAUGCCCAGCCUCGUGAUGCAGGGAUGUACAUCUGCCUGGGUGCCAACAGCAUGGGCUACAGUUUUCGAUCUGCGUACCUGCAAGUUGUCCCAGCUGGGCAGCUUGACACAAAAGAGGGGGACAAAUCAUCCACAUCUUCAUCCUACACCACAAGCAGCAGCAAUAACUUGCCACUGUUUGUGGGGUUACCUGCUGGUGGUAUUGUCAUCCUUGUCAUUGUGGCUAUCCUUCUCUUGCAAAAGCGUCGACGAUGUGGCACACCACAGUCAAGCCUCAAGCGUCAUCGCCUUCCAGUCCCGAGCCACGACCGAGAUGCUGGCUACCACAGCUACCACCAUAGCCCUGCCACCACCAACACCAACACCAAUACCAACACUAACACCAACACCAACACAGCUGCUACUGGGGCAAGUGGGGGCAACCAUUUUGUCAACACCUACACACCAAAGACUCCAGCACCAUCCCUUGAUUUUGGCUCGGACAUUUCUUCGGUCUCGCACUCUGGUCCACACCAGCAUCAACAGCAGCAGCUGCCCCAGCAUCACCUGCCACCUCAGCAGCAACCAGUGCAUUUCUAUGGCACGCACAAUACAUACAGUUAUUGAGCUGUCAGCACAUCUGCUUACUAACUGAGCAUAUCUUCUUGCCAUCAUGCUGUGUGAAGCCCAUUAUCACCCUGUCCAUGGUGCCAAUGUGUGAGCCCAAGGAUCUGUGGACCUCUUACAGUUUUCCAUUGACGGAAUUUUUUGCCGUCUGGAUGUGAACUAAAGUGGGAGAUUAAUGGGUGGCCAAACAAUCACACUUAUUGCGAAAUGAGACGCUGCAGAUGUAGGCACAAGUCUGUGUUGUACUGUGGUCCACUGCUGUAUUUAGCCAUCAAGCAGUGGAGAAAUCUGCUUUGUACCUCAAGACAUUAAACUAGGCUGGACAGCCUACAGGGUGAAUUUGACAUAACAAUCAACGUCAUGUCAUCUGCUUGUGUGUGUUAGCUUUCUGAGCAAAACUUGUGGAAGACAAAGGCAAGGAGGUUGCAACCUGUAUCUGUGAUGCUCUUAAGUUUCAUGAACUUGGACACAACCACAUUAUGUAUGUUUAUCAUUGUUCCUGUGCAGACUAAAGGCCGGGGCUCCUGUACUGAAAAAAUACAUAUCUCAGCAAUCAAAACGAGAAAGAAGUUAUUAUGACUUGCUCUUUAUGUGGGCUUGCAUACAUGUUGAUGUCAAUGUUUGAGGAGAAAGGAACAGAAUUCUUGCACAGAAGCCGUUAACCGGUGUAGUAGGUGGAGUGCACAUCGUGAAGGGUAAAGGUGCUGGCCAAGACAAUCAAAGCUGAUUUGCAUUGAUCAGAAGCUGUUAAAUGAUUUUUAUUUAUCUGUAGAAAACAAGUGAGUGUUGUAAAUUAGUAAGGGGAAAAGGGUUGGAAUUGGGGAAGUGAGAGAGAGAAGAAUGCCUUUGUCACUUAUACUUGAGAGUUUUGGGUGAGCAGCUGAAUGCACAUGUUGCUCUAUACAAGUGACUUCUUGCCCUUUUAUUUUUAAUUACAGUAUAUGGAACCAGUCAGGACACCAGGAUAGCUUAUUAAUAAUUUAAUUCAAGUACAAAUCAAUCUUUGAAAAAAAAGCAGUGAUUAUGUUUAGUUUUAUUAAUUUAAAAAAAAAUUCUUUAAAUUGAUCAACAUAGUCUAAUAACUGAUCUUCUCCAGAAAAUUUACAAUCACUAGCAGAGAUUAUAACAUUUACAACAAAAAAUAUGCUAUGGUGAAAAGAUAGAGCGUAUGCAAGUGAAUGUGGAUGUAUGUGUGUUUAUCAUAAGUGGAUAAAUUCUGUCAGCUCCAGACUAAACAUUUAGGUGAGAUUUUUGCUGUAAGCAUUUCUAGGUUGCACUGAAUGCUUUGAGUGAGCUGUCUAGGUAUGUGUAGUGUGCAAUGGCGUCACAUCUUUAAAAGUAAACCUGUUGGGUAACUGAUAUCUUGCAUGUUAUAAAGCUACCUCUUGCUAGAAAGACAAGAAGCUGUCCCUAAAGUUUAGGUCUAUGUUCCUUUAAGACAGAUUUUACCUCAUUGAGUAGAAAAAUAAUAUGCGAAGCACUUCUUUUUGGGAGGGGUGUGGGUAUCAUAAGCUGUACACACUGCUGAUGAGUCACUUGAUUGACUUGGGAAGUGAGUUCUGUCCACAUUUGGCAAAGGUUAUGGUAGUUUAUGUAUUCAAGAUAGGCUGCUGAAAGUGCAUGGGUAGAGACCCAAGGGUGCUUUGAUCCUUUAAAUAUUCUUGAUUGUACCAGAUUUUUUUGUCUUAUUCUCUGAUGCCUGUGUUUCUGACAACAGCAGCCUCACCUUUUUUUUGCUACGUCUAAGAGUGACAUUCACAAGGAGCUAGUUGUAGCAUCAAGGGUGAAUGGCGUUUAUGUGGACAGACAUUCAGCACACUGGUUCACUAACAUUUCUUCGGACAGUCUCAUCAGGGAGUGUAAGCAACAAUAUAGGUGACAGACAAUUACAAAGGACCGGAGAAGACAUUUGUGAGCACAGAAGCCCAGUUGGUCCUGUUCUUCUAAUUUGAACAGAGUAUCGAACUGAUAGAAACAGCAACAGGGUAAACAUGUAUAGCUGCUUUGUAAUUUUGUUGUGUUGUAGGUGCCUGACAUGCAUCUGUAUAUAAGAUAAUGUUGCAGUGCUCAAACACAGGUGCAGCACACAAAGUAAUUCUCAUAUAUAUAUAUCAUUCAAAGUGUGUACAUACUAUAAAUGAAUGGCAUGCAAAUUUUUGUGCAAAUUGUUUUCUGGCGAAAGAUGCAGGGAUCUUACCAACUGGUGACUGAUGGAGCUGUAUUGCAUGAUGGAUUGCUAGUAAGCAAGGAAAAUGAAGGUUAAUCUGCAGUACAUUGGCUUUAGGAAAUUCCCAAAGACACAGAAACCAAAAAUUAAUAACAUGAGUAACAUGACAGGACUCUGCAAGUUUGAGUGCAUUUGAUCAUGCCUUUUUGUGCCAGCAGUAUCAGGGUAAUUAUAUUGUCAUUUGUGUGUGUAAUGUGACUAGAAGAUCAGGAUGAAUAAUUCAGGGGUUAUGAUUUAUUUAUGCAAGAGAGAGAGAGUGUGUGCAUGCAUGUAUUUAGUUUGCCCAGACUACAUGAGACUGCAAACAUGUCCCUCUGGUGUCUGUAAAUAUGGAUACACAUGUCCAGAAAAAAGUGGCUAUCAAAACCAAAGAUUUUGCAUCAGUCUUGCAGAGGGGAGUGUUACGUUUGUUUUCAAAAGCUGCUUGGCACCAUAAUCAUGUGAUCUUUAUAAGCUUAGCAGUUUUGAAGUAAGUUUUUUUUUCUUUGUCCAUGUACAGUGGUUGUGUGAUUUAGUUUUGUAGGUGUUUCUUGCAGCAGCUUUAAGAAGGGUACCAUGCUCUAAUCUUUUGCUAGGAGUGGAAGUUAGCAUUAGGGUGCAUGUGGAGAAGGUUGGCAAACAGUCAAGGGGUAAGGAAAUGCUAGGUAAUGUUAUUAGGUCAAAUUAUUAUGAUGUCAAGUGCUUCCAUGACCCUCCCUGGAAUAAACGAUCAUGGAUGGAACCACGAAUUUUAUGUCAAAGGUUGCAACACACCACUGACAUAAAGUACAGUCUUAAUUCCCCCUCCCCCUUUGUCUUUCUUUUUUUGUUUUGUGGCAAGGAUUACCAAGAAUGAUAUAUAGGUUUUUCAUGGAGGGGUAAAGGCUAGAAUGUCAUUACCUAGUAAAUUUUUGUUACGUUCUGAAACAUAGGAGAUUAAUAAAACCAUAAGUUGGAUAUCUUGAAAAAAAAAAUGGAUUUUUUUGUUAGUUUUGAAGUUUAUAAUUUGCAUGUGCAUCCAAGUGAGAGAGAGUUUUAAGGGCAUUAAUAUAAUUUUUAUUUAUGUUUCUUUUUACUACUUAUGGACUCUGUACAUCAUACAGACUCUGUCAUAAUUUUUUAUUUUCAAUUCUAUAGUAAUUUUUUAUUUUUAAAAUACCGUUAAAGAGCUUUGCAAAAACCUCAUUUAAAGAAAUUAAUACACAAGCUACAUCUUUAGCAUUGAUAUUUUCUUUCACAUGUUUUCUUGUAUUGUUGUUGCCUUAGUUGUUAAUAACAAUUAUCAAUUUUGUCACAAAUUAUCAGGGUUCGUUGUUUGCUUAAAGAAAAAAAACUAAUGGAAAGCAUUUAGCAAAAAUUGUUUGUUUUCACUGUCGCUGAUGCAGAUGUGAUUGCUGUGGUAUUCAGUGAUAAAUGUGUGUGACUGUACAUUCUGUGAUUUGCAGAUCGCAGAUUUCUUUUUCUGUUUUUUUGUUUCUCUCAAAUCUAAUAUUGGGUAUUUAUGUGUGCCAAAGAAGGUUUUUGUUCAGUUACUAAACCUUGCAAAGAAACUGGCAUUUUUUAUUGUUCCCAUGUUUGUCACACUAUCAUUUAUAAGAUUAAGUUUAUUCAUUUUUAACUACAGAAACAGAUUACAAGUGUUAAUUGGAGAAGAGACUCGGUCAAUUUAGUGUUAGGAAGAACCCAUGUAAAGCUUUGAAGUGUAGCUCCAGACUCAAAAGCAUGCAGCAGUCUGUAAUUAUUACAUACACCUAUCAAAAGCAUCAGGAUUCUUAAAACAUUAGUGUUUUUUUUUUUAUAAUCCCAGAACAUUUUCCUCAAAAAACUUCCUAGUUGUAAGAGUUUUUUUUUUUACCCCAAAAAUCUACUUUUGAUAGUUAUCAUAAACAUAAAAAAAGCAAUGUGGUUAAAUGUUUCAUUAGUAUUGAAGAAGCUUUUGCAUUUUUAUGGACUGCUAUGUUUAAGACCAUUAUCAUGCCACUUGUAUUCAUCAGCAAAUGUUGCUGCAUUGUGCAAUGGGUCAGAGCUUCAUACUCCCUUAGAAAGCUUUGCUGAGGCAUUCUCAAGAGAAAUUAUUUAUCCCUUCUCCUUUUUUUGCAUAUGUCAAGGAGCUAAGCCACAAGGAGUCGUGGCACACAUUUGCCAAGUUUGCAUGGAUUGGCAUCCUUUUCAGGCUUUGUUAUUCGUUUCUAGGAGGUUGCUUACAGAACACAUUUCCUUAAGGUUGCAUAACAUAUUAAGAUUGUCAUGCAGAUUCUUGAGUUAUGUGAUUCAAACAAAUGGUAACAGACUGGUUGAAUGUUAUUUAAAAACUGUAGCCUUCUAAGAGUUUUGAUAACUGUCUCUGUUUAUUGUUCCUUUGUGUGCAAGUGAGACAACCCACCUAAGAGAGUGGAAGGAACAACAAAAAGUUAGUUUUACAAAAAGAGACUUUUUAAAAUGUAUUCUAGUUACUUGCAGGGUAAAGGAUGAUCUUCAGUUGCCCAUCAAUUCAAGCAAAGUUCUGGGGUUAAUGUUUGACUAUUGUUAAGUUUGAUCAAGUGAAAACCAACAGUUAUUUUAAAGCCAAACAGAAGUUUUCUGGGCCAGAUAUCCGCUUUGGCAGUCAUGGUCUUUGUUAUGUACAAAUACAUGCUUAUUUUUUUCAUUGUCUAAUUCUGCCUGCCUACUUAAAUGGUGUACAUACUGGAUAAUGUUUGUACACAUUAUGUAGAUGAAUGAACCCUUCUCCAAAGAGGAAAAAAAAAAUAAAUCAACGUCUCAUGCAUUA